CUCAGACGGAACGCACGGUUGGGCGGACUUAAGCUAAAAGCAGUUAGAAAUUAAUUCAAAAAAAUGCUGCUGUGUCCGCGUGUGUAUUAGUGUCACUGUGUGUGAACUCUGUGGUAAAGGUCAGAAACUCAUAUGAAAAUGUCGAGCCUGGAAGCAAUGUCAACAAAAGCCGCUGUCACCGACAAGGUCUCGUCAGUGGAAAUGCAUCCAGAAACCAUGAGAGCACCACCGGGAUCGAUUGCCUCCAGCAGCAGCAGCAGCAGGAGCAGCAGCAGCAGCAUCAGCUGUAGCUCCCAUCUGAGGGCCAGUCCUUUUACGGUGGCUCUGGCCAUUCUGGUGGCCAUUGUCCUGUGCAGCGGCAGCCUGGGAAUUGCCGACGGCCUCAAGUGUCACAUGUGUGGGCAAUAUAACGAGGGAGUGGGCUCUAUAACGCCCUGCACUAAUUACACCAAGGACAUAGCCCAUCUUUAUCUAAAGGAGUGCACCAAGAAGAGCGAGAAGUUUUGUGUGAAAUACGUCAGUGAGCUGUCGACUGUUCGUGACUGUGCCACCGAGUGCCAGGAGAAAGAAAUUUGGGAAACCCAAACAUACUGCUGCACCGAGGAUGGCUGUAAUUCGGGCAACCAUUUGGCCUACUCCCUCGUCCUGUUUGCCCUGCCCUUCGUUUCGAUGGCCUGGCCCACAUUCGCCGAUCUCUGGAAUACGCGGCGUUAAGUGGUCCUCGAACUCAUUUACUAACUCUUAACUCUAACUUUUCAGUUAAUAUUGUUUUAUUAUAAUAAUUUCAGCAA